UAACUAAUUAAUCUGCCACAGCAUUUUAAUUAUCGUUGUAAAGAUAUAUAAAGUGGAAAAUAUCUUUCCUAAAUCAUUCCAAGAACAAGUGUUCUGUUACUCGUCAUCUCGAUUGAGAAACUUCGGCUCUUCUUAAGCUUGAAUUGAACUUACAGAGAUUGGUAACCAGUUUUUGUAUUCCAUCAUGUACGGACACAGAUACAACGGUAGAAUGGAACCAAUGCACAUGAUGUCAAUGGACUUCCAUGGCAGAUACAUGGAUUCUUAUGGAAGAAUGGUUGACCCCAGAUCCUACGGCUUCGAUGGGAGAUAUCAUGACCAAGACAGGUACUAUGGUAGAUCUAUGUACAACUAUCACGGUUUCCAUGAUUUCGAUAGGUUCCAUAGAUUUGAUUAUUUCAUGGAUUUCCCAGAUAUGUUUAUGGAUAUGUCCGGUUAUCAGAUGGACAUGUAUGGAAGGUGGAUGGACAUGCACGGACACUACUCUAGCCCCUACUCCUACAUGUUCAAUUCUUCAAGACAUGGCUACAACUCUAGCUACUACAAUGGUCGUUACGGGUUCUAUCCUGAGAGAUACAUGGACAUGUCCCACUACCAAAUGGACAUGAAUGGCCGAUAUAUGGACAGAUACGGACGUCACUGUAGUCCAUAUGACAACUAUUACAGGCGUUAUAUGAAUUGUCCAUAUAUGAAUUCCUUUCAUAUGUACCAUCCCGAGAGAUUCAUGGAUAUGUCCCACUACCAAAUGGACAUGAAUGGCCAAUAUAUGGACAGAUACGGACGUCACUGUAGUCCAUAUGACAACUAUUACAGGCGUUAUAUGAAUUGUCCAUAUAUGAAUUUCCUGCAUAUGUACCAUCCCGAGAGAUCCAUGGAUAUGUCCCAUUACCAGAUGGAUUUUAAUGGUCAUUGGAUGGAUAUGUAUAAUCAUUACUCCCAUCCUUUCUUUGGUCACAACCAUUACUAUAGGGGGAGCCACUACCACAAUUAUUAUCCCCACUCUAACUACAGCUGGGGACAUAGAUUUUACAACUACCCAGAAAGAUACUUUGAUAUGUCCCACUACCAGAUGGACUUCAAUGGUCACUGGAUGAACAUGUAUGGUCAUGGCUAUCAACCUUUCCAUUCAUUCAAUGGCUCCAACGGUUAUCAUCAUUCGGGUAACAGUUACAGUUGGGGACAUAGGUACCACAACUAUUACGACAUGUUCAAUGAUAUGUCCCAUUACCAAAUGGAUUUCGACGGUAACUGGAUGGACAUGUACAAUCAAUACUCCUAUCCUUUCUUUGGUUAUAACCAUUACCACAGAGGGAGCCACUACUAUAAUUAUUAUCCCCACUAUAACUACAACUGGGGACAUAGGUUCCACGACUACCCAGAAAGAUUCUUUGAUAUGUCUCACUACGAGAUGGACUUCAAUGGGCGCUGGAUGAACAUGCACAGAUUUUAAUUUUGUAAUCAGACAAACGACAAAACUUUUCGGAAAUUCUACUGGCUAAUGUUAAUUGGAAACUUGACACAUUUUUUUAACGUCCUCAGUAUUCGGACACAUUUAAAUUUAUAUCAAUAAAAUUUUGUUGCAGCAUAUGA